UUCCCACAAGAGUUACUUGAAAGACGAAACGCAAUAUUUUUCAACAAACUAAUCCGCGGAUAGUAGCAGGGACGCGUGGACGUUCCACCCAUCCGUUGCUCUCCGGCUCCGCUCUCCAUUUAUUCAUUCAAAAACCCUAACCUAACACUUCUUAGUCCUUUCUCUCAGUUCUCCACACUAACCAAACAACAAUGCAAUUCUUCAAACUUCACACCUUCAAAAACGCUGCUGUCAAUUGUGAUUGCCAAUUAUUCCAGUUAAGCUUUUUUAGGUUUUUCGCCACCACUUGCAGGGCGGUGCUGUUGCCCCGCUUCGGCGGGCCUGAAGUGCUGGAACUCCGGUCCGAUGUUGAGGUCCCCCAGCUCAAGCCCAAUCAAGUCCUUGUUCGAGCUCGUGCUGUCUCUAUCAAUCCUCUUGAUACUAGAAUGCGAUCAGGUUAUGGUCGAUCCAUAUUUGAACCUCUGCUACCUCUCAUUUUGGGUCGUGAUAUUAGUGGUGAAGUUACAGCUGUUGGAACUUCAGUUCAGUCACUGAGUGUUGGGCAAGAAGUUUUUGGUGCAUUGCAUCCAACUGCUGUGAGAGGUACUUAUACUGACUAUGCAGUUCUUUCAGAAGAUGAACUUACCCCAAAGCCAAUAUCAGUUACACACGUGGAAGCAAGUGCUAUUCCUUUUGCUGCACUAACUGCAUGGCGUGCUCUAAAAAGUACGGCUAGGAUUACUGAGGGGCAACGACUGUUAGUAGUGGGUGGUGGUGGAGCGGUAGGCUUUACUGCAAUUCAGCUUGCAGUAGCUGCAGGGUGCCAUGUUACAACUACUUGUGGAAGUCAAAGCAUAGAAGGAGUACUGAAAGCUGGUGCUGAGCAGGCUGUUGACUACAUUGCUGAGGACAUUGAACUAGCAAUAAAGGGGAAGUUUGAUGCUGUUUUGGACACUAUUGGUGUACCAGAAACAGAAAGAAUUGGCAUCAAUUUUCUGAAGAGGGGUGGACACUAUAUGACCCUUCAGGGUGAGGCAGCAUCCUUGACUGAUAGGUAUGGACUAGCAGUUGGACUUCCUGUUGCUACAGCUAUUUUACUGAAGAAACAGAUUCAAUAUCGAUACUCUCAUGGAAUAGAAUAUUGGUGGACUUACAUGAGAGCUGAUCCAGAUGGUUUAGAUGAGAUCCGGCGUUUAUUUGAAGCUGGGAGGCUGAAGAUACCUGUUGAGAAAACAUUUCCCUUCACACAAGUGAGAGAGGCUCAUGAGGCAAAAGCCAAAAAGUUAAUUCCUGGUAAAGUGGUACUGGAACUUGAUUAGUAAAUUCCGCAAAUCAAAUGACUAUAUUUGUCGGGCAUAGUUCUUUUCUGAUUACUGUAAAUAUUUUCUUCUACCUAUAUCUGGAGAGUUGAUCUUACAUGGUAGACCAGCUCUGUAAAAGUAAUUUCUUCAAGCAUUUUGGUAUAGAAGGUAGAAGUCGUGGGUGGGAAUUUUCAAUAUUCAGGUGGCAAUCUGUAAAUGCUCGAGAAUUUUAUUUUAACUAAAUUUUCGCAGUUUUGUUCUGUUACUUUCCAAAAAUAUAAGUAGCAAGAAUGCUACCCAGAAUUCUUUUUCUAAAUUUCUUUUAAUUGUUGCUCAAUGUAUUCCAGUCCUAGGUGGAUUGCAUAUCCGAUGAAUGAUUCAACAGUAAGAUAUUAAAGCAUGUCUUUUUGUUUCUUUUGA